UUUUCAAAACUACCACCGAAAUUCUCUUAAAAAAGCGUUUUCAUAUUCUAACCUUUUCUCAAUCUCUGCAACUCGGUUAUAUUCGUUCUUUUAGCCCUAAGUGGUUUUCGUAUUGAAUUCCUUUUCCUUUACGAACACAGUUUAAAGAUAUUUCGUUUUCUAUAAAUAUUAUAACUACUGAACAAAAAUUCUUAUCCGGAGAGAAAAAAGAAGAAGAAGAAGAAGAAGAAGAAGAGAUCGUUUCUGUAACUGUUUUGUGAUCUCAAUGCAAUGGGUGCGGCUUGUGUUCGCCCGAUUCAACAUGAUCAAACCAAACACUUUGUUGGUCAUCAGAAUGCAUAUCAAGUUCAACCUCUGAGGAAUCGAAGAACACCUUUGAACAGUGGAUCAGGGAACCAGAAUUUGUCACUGACUCAACUAGAGCAACAACUUAAGCAACAGCAACAACAACGAGAACAGCAGCAGCGAGAACAACAACAGCAGCAACAACAACAGCAGCAACAACAACGAGAACAGCAGCAGCGAGAACAGCAACAGCGAGAAGAACAACAACGAGAACAGCAACAGCGAGAAGAGCAGGAACAGCUGCAGCUUCAACAGCAGCUAGAACAAGAACGACGACAACAGGAGCGAGAAGAACAACAACGAGAACAGCAGGAGCAGCUGCAGCUUCAACAGCAACAACAGCAGCUAGAACAAGAACGACAACAACAGGAGCAGCAGCAGCUAGAACAAGAACGACAACCAGAACAACAAUUUCUACCAGUAACUGAUGCUGGUAGUCUGAAUCAAACAUUCGAGCUAUCUGAUAACCUUAAAAGUACCACUGAUAAAGUCCCUGCAACUGACUGCCAUAACGAAACCCAAGUUGAUUCACCCAAGGAAAUCAAGAGAUGUGACUCACUAAUUGACGAUGACAAUUAUUGCCUUACUUGUUUCUAUGGUUAUGAAACGGAUAACCCAAAGAUUCCCACCCAGUGCCAUCAUCACUAUCACCUUUCCUGCAUCCUCGAAUGGAUGGAGAGGAGCCCCACAUGCCCUGUAUGCGGCCAGGUAAUGAUCAUUCUGUAGUCGAGCAUCUACAUGGUUACAAGUUCAGAAGUGGGUCAAAACAAUACUAAGCCUUUACGAAGUUCAGAAGUAUUUCUCUAAUUUUUUCGGAAAGGGUAAUUAUCAACCUCCAAACACCUAUCAUCCUGGUAGAAACUCAAAACAGUGCAGAAGAAAUAGUAAUAAAAUUCACACGACUUCCCCAUAAGAAUGAAAGUUUCAUACAUUUUUGGACUAUGUACAUUUUAUUGAACAAUGUAAAGCAGGCGGCAAACAAAAGCAAGGUGCAGUUUGUUUGGUCAUACAGCCUCUAGUUUUUGCUUUCUGCAUCUGUCCUACAUCGUUUUUCUCUAUCAGUUUUCCAUAGUGUAAUGUAAAGUGCAGCCUGUUGUGAGAGCUGUUAUCAAAUAUUUCUUUAUCAAUCUGACUUUGCAUUUUUCUGA